UCGUUUCCGGCAGUCGGGCCGGAGAGACGUGAAAAUGGCGGCCACUAAGAUCGCCGUGAUAAUCUUCACACUGAUGAUUACUUUGGGAAUCGUCACUGCUGACAAACCAUGUGCACCGCGGCAGAUAGAGAAAAGAUCCGUAGUGUGCGUGUGCAACACGACCUACUGCGACGAGAUCACACGCGAGGAGCCCGCGACCGGAAAAUAUGUCGCCUACACUUCCUCUGAGGCUGGAUCACGUUUCAAGAAACAUGAAGGAGAGUUUAGGUCAUACUACAAAUGGAAUGACGGAACUUCGCAUACUCUAGUGAUAGAUCCAUCGAAGAAGAGUCAGACCAUCGAAGGGUUCGGCGGCGCGGUCACCGACGCGGCCGGCAUUCACUGGUCUAACUUCUCGUCUGCGCGUUUACAAGACUAUUUGAUCAAAUCAUAUUUCGGCAAGAAUGGCCUGGAAUACAACAUGCUGCGCAUACCCAUCGGUGGCAGCGACUUCUCGACGCACUACUACGCGUACAAUGAACUGCCGGUGAACGACGGACAGCUCACCAACUACACGCUCGCGCCGGAGGACCUCAACUACAAGAUCCCGAUGAUCCAGCACAUCAAGGAUGUGGCAACGUCGGACAUACACAUCGUGGCCACGGUGUGGUCCCCGCCGAAAUGGAUGAAGACCAACGAGCAGCCCUCGGGUCCAGGCUUCAUCAAGAAAGAAUACAUGCAGACUUUCGCCAAUUACAUCGCGAAAUUCAUACGUGAAUAUAAGAAGCAUGACAUCGACAUUUGGGCAGUCACCACUACCAAUGAGCCUCAGAACGCGUUUUUACCAUUCACGAGAUUCCAAGAUCUGGGUUGGACACCGGGAUCAAUGGGCCAGUGGAUCAUCAACAACUUGGGGCCUACGAUAAAGAACUCCUCCGAUAUUAACCACGUGAAGAUUCUGACAGUGGACGACCAGAGGGUCACUCUUCCAGUAUGGUUUAAUGUGAUGGUAGCGAAGUAUCCAGAGGUAUUGGGCUGGAUCGACGGUAUAGCAGUACACUGGUAUACCGACAAGUUCACGCCAGCUUUCUUACUCGAAGAAACCGUCAAGAAACACCCAGAUAAGUUCAUCAUUGCCACUGAAGCUUGCGAAGGUUCUAUGCCUUGGGAGUUGGAAAAAGUAUCGCUCGGAGACUGGUCACGUGCCCAGUCCUACAUCCAUGACAUCUUGGAAGACCUAAACUACAACCUCGUCGGCUGGAUCGACUGGAACCUGUGCCUGAACAGACAAGGCGGCCCUAACUGGGCCAAGAACUACGUGGACUCCCCCAUCAUCGUGUUCCCCGAGAACAACGAGUUCGUGAAACAGCCCAUGUUCUACGCCAUGGGGCACUUCUCCAAGUGGAUCCCGAGGGGUUCUGUGAGGCUGGGCGUGGAGGAACACAAGGGGCUGUUGGAAAAGACGGUUGAUCACGUCGCGUUCUUGACACCAAGGAACACUGUUGUUGUCGUUCUUCAUAAUACGGGCAACGCGCGCAACAUCCGCGUGCAGUUAGGCGAAGAACACACCGUCCUCGCUUUGGAGAAGGCUUCUGUCACCACACUAGAGUUCCCGGCUCCUUCUACCUCAUCGUAGGACUCCGUUGCGGAGUGAAAUACCUACCUAUAAGAGCUCUUUCCCUCUGACGUCCAGAUUUUUGCGGGUACGGUUUUCUGCAGGGUCCCGUUUUAGUAGUAUACGUGCUACUAUAGUAACGUUCACACCGAGCAUUCUAUUUGCAGAAAGCCGUACCCGCAAAAUACUGGACGUCAGUGGAAAGGAGAUGUAAAUUUUUUCAACCCACCAACGUGAGAAAAAUACCUACAUAUAUAUAUACCUACUAAUAGAACAUUACUAACAAAAUCCAAGUGAACGCUAUGAAAUAAUGACUUUGGCACUCUUGUGGAUAAAAUGGAUCUUUCUCAUCCAUUUUUGAAGAAUAAAAAAAAACCUUUAACCGUGGUGAAAAUUCAUUGGUGAUCGAUUCGUGUUACAUA